AUGUAUUUGAGACGUUCAGUCGCGCUAGUGCGCUCUCUUAGAAUGUAUUCCACUGAAGGGGCGUCCGGUAAUGAAGAGCUGCUGCUUGAAAAACUGAAAACUGUACCAGAAGAAUUGGAUAAGACUGCAAAGUCCAAGCUUCCAAAAGAGAACAAGCAAUUCAGAAGCCCAAAUCAAAACCAAAACAAGCCCCGCAUUUCGAGAGAGAAGCGUUCGCAAGGGAAGAAACCAAGAGCACAACACCCGUCGUCCAAAUCGAGGUCCGCUCGUGACUACCGUAAGGGAAACAAGCAAAGCGACGAUGCUUACGACAAUCAGGAUAUGAAACCUUAUGUUGAUAUAGCUACGAAGGCAUUAGACGACUUACCAUUGAAGACGCUCAAAAGCCAAAACAUUCAACCUGACAUGGACCACUGGGAAAACAUCGUGAAGAGACUUGAGAAGGCUACUGCACAAAGGGACAAGCUCAAGAAAUGUGAGCUCCCAGAGGUCAAAUUGCAUGACUUAAAAUCACUCGGAGUAAUUGAUUCCAGUGUUGACAACGAAGAGUUGAAAGUCACCUGGGAAGCUAUCGACGCGAUUAAUGAUAUCAAAAAGUUCGUCAAGAACAUAAACUAUUUUGAGGCCCCAGAUCCGCUACAAUAUAAGAUCAAGGAACCAUCACCAGGCGAGUUAGAAUUAAACAAAUCCCAGAUGGCAUUCAGUUUGAGGUCCAGAAUGUUGCGCGCGAUUUCAAAGUUUUCAGACCAGCACGGCUUGGCCCUGAAUUCCACAAACCUUGGCCAAUCCCAACUUCAUGGAAUGAACAAAUUGUAUCCAUUCGCCAACCCGAAUAUACCAAAGGCUGGAUUCAGCAAGGUCUCUGACAUCAAGUCCCUUUCGAAAUCAUCAGGUGCAGAUUUCAAGAACGUCAUCGACACCACAGUCAGGGGUAUAAGACCAGAACUCAAAUUUUACAAAACAGGCCAGUUCAAGACGGAGCAGUCACGCGUGAACGCCGAGGUAGUGUCUCAUGCACUGAACUCGAACGCUCAGCUUCAAGUCGAUAACAUGCAUGUCUCAAUAGGAAGGACUCUUGUCGGAAAAGGAAAGCUUGCUGACCUUCCACAACCUCUUCCCUCUUCAAAAUAA